AUGCCAUACUUAUUGUUACUACGUCAUGGACAAUCACAGUUUAACCAAGAUUCCAAAUUUUGCGGUUGGAUUAAUGCACCCCUAACGGAGAAAGGUGAAGAACAGGCAUCCAAUACAGCUCUCAUGAUAGAAUCGCAUUCAUUGACAAGGGACAUUUCUCUUCAUCUAUGUGUCACGUCCAGAUUGCAGCGUGCCGUUGAAACUUCAAACAUCAUCUUACAGAAGAUGGACCGGCUAGAUAUGGAUGUCAUUAAAACGUGGAGACUGAACGAGAGACAUUAUGGGUCUUUCCAAGGGAAGAGGAAGAAUGAGGUGUUGCAGGAAUAUGGACAAGAGCAGUACAUGUACAUCAGAAGAGCCUAUAACGGGUGUCCACCCGAAUGUGAUGUUACGAGUGAUGCCUAUAGAGACACAUUGAAGAUUGCGAGGUUUGACAACGAAUUGAAGACGCAUCCGGAACUAGUACCACGGUGUGAGAGUUUAAAGAUGGUCAUUGAGAGGCUAGAUCCCUUUUGGAGGAACGAGAUUCUCUCCACAAUCAAAAGGAACGAAAACGUGCUAUGUGUUACACACGGAUCGGUUGUACGAGCAAUGUUAAAGAUCCUCUACGAGCUAACUGAGGAUGAAGUGGAGCACUUGAACAUUCCGAACGGAAUGCCGAUUCUCAUUGAAAUAGACGCCAAAACCCUAAAGCCAGUGGGUAAGCAGUGGACGUACCUCGAGCCGGAGAAGGCACGUUUAGAGGCAGAACGGGUUAAAUUGGAAGGUAUGAAUCACUGA